AUGGCUGGGAAGAAGGUGAAACUUGUUGUUUCUAAAAGAAAGAAGGGUGGCUCAAAGAAGGUAUCGCAUGAUCCACAGGUAGCCAACCAAGUGAUUGAGGGGAAUACGAGUUCAUCUGUGAUAGAUGAAAUGAAUUUUGUGAACCAACAGAGUUCCCUCCUCCAGAGGAUUGCUGAAGCUAUGAGCCAAUUGGAAAGGAUAAGAAAGGAAAAUCGUGAGAAUGAGCUGAAUCUCCUUAUGAUGGGGUGCAUGCAUAACCUUAAUAUGCUAGCCAACUUGAAGACUGCUAAAGAUUGGACUGACUUUGCUGAGGUGAUUGAUAGGAAACUGAAGGAGAUUGAUACUAAGGUUGCUGAACUCAAUUGA